GGCACCGUCAAAAAUGUCGAUAUCCCUCGACAAGUGGUGCUGCUGCCGAACGUCUGUCUCAGCCUUGACAGACAAUAUCGAGAGCAGAGAGAGCAGAGCGCCGCUCGUUUCGUCAAUUCCAAGAUUUGCUGUGCACCUGGAGUUGCACUUCUAGCGUAUCAUUCCGUAUCAUUCACUCUUUGGACUACGCCCCCAGUCCACACAUGUCGGCCGAACUGACGCCGCUGCUCUCCGGGACGGAGCACCGCGACGCGGCAGCUACCUCGCCCUCCGAUCCCAUCGACCGGGUGCUGGGCGCCGGCGGGGGCCGGCUGCCCCUGAACAUCGGCCACCGGGGGUUCAACGCCGCCUUCCCGGAGAACACCAUGGCCGCGUUCCAGGGCGCUGUGGCCGCCGGCGCACACGCCAUCGAGACGGACCUGCACCUGUCGCGCGAUGGCGUGGUCGUGCUGUCUCAUGACGCCACGCUCAAGCGGUGCUACGGCACGCCCGAGCGGAUCGCCGACUGCGACUGGGCGCACCUGCGCACGCUGCGCACCCUGCGCGAGCCGCGCCAGCCCAUGGCGCGCCUCGUCGACCUGCUCACCUGGCUGGCCUCCGGGGAGGAGGAGGAGGAGGGGAAGGAGGGGAAGGCGUCGUCGUCGUCGUUGUCGUCCGUCUGGGUGCUGCUCGAUGUCAAGAUGGACGACGACCCGGCCGAGCUGUACGGCGCCAUCGCCCGCGUCAUCGACAGCGUCGCCGUGCCGGCUGGCACGCGGCCGUGGAAGGAGAGGAUCGUUGUUGGGGGUUGGAAUGAACACUUCCUCCACCACGCGCGCGAGCACCUGCCCGGCUACGCGCUCGCCUACACCGGCGGCUCGCUGCUGUAUGCCGCCCGGUUCCUGUCCGACGCCCACCCGGACGUGCACUUCAACCUGCGGCAGCAGACGCUGGUCGGCCCCGUCGGCGCCGCCUUCCGCCGCGCGGUGCGCAAGAGGGGGAGGAAGCUGUUCGUCUGGACCGUCAACGAGCCCCUGUGGAUGGAGUGUAAGGCUACUUACUACCACUAUUAUUACUACCCCCCCCUGGCGCAGUUUCGCGGCUGCUGGCUAAGCUCCCCCUGAACCGCUCCAAAUUUGAGCUGACGUGGUUUGAUAACUAGGGUCUAUCAAGAAGGGCGUCGACGGCGUGAUCACGGACCAAGUGGCCCGAU